CCCUGCCCAGAUAGUUUUUCUCCAUUUCAAUAUUUUACUUCACCUUUUGAGGCUUUGUGGGUACUACAAAACAUAACACAAUUGAACUCACUGUGCUUUCCCAUGACACACAUCUAUACUUGUCCAGAAGAAGAAAGAUCCAUGAACUAACAUUCCCACACGCUCGCUUCACCAUAUUUGCCACCCUUUUAACCCUCACUUCUUGGGUUUAUUUUGCUCCUUUUUUUUUUCCUUGUUUGGGGUUUGCAUUUUUCCUGGUUGAAAAAGGGAAGAACUUGAACUAAUUGGUUAAGUUACCUAUCUAUCUAUCUAUCUAGGGUAUAAUAUUUUAUAUCAGUUAUUAAAGGAAAGAAAGAAAGAAACGAAGAUGGGAAGGGGUAAGGUACAGCUGAAGAGGAUAGAGAACAAGAUCAAUCGCCAGGUAACUUUCUCCAAAAGGAGAAGUGGGUUGCUCAAGAAAGCUCAUGAGAUCUCUGUACUCUGUGAUGCUGAGGUAGCUUUGAUUGUCUUCUCUCACAAAGGAAAGCUCUUUGAGUAUGCUACUGAUUCAUGCAUGGAGAAGAUACUGGAACGCCACGAAAGGUAUGCCUAUGCAGAGAGGCAGCUAGUAGCAAAUGAUUCUGAAACACAGGGAAACUGGACCAUUGAAUACACUAGACUGAAGGCAAAGAUUGACCUUUUACAGAGAAACCACAGGCACUAUAUGGGAGAAGAUUUGGCUUCAAUGAGCCUCAAAGAGCUUCAGAGUUUGGAGCAGCAGUUGGAUACUGCUAUCAAAAACAUCCGCACAAGGAGGAAUGAUCUCAUGUACGCUUCCAUUUCUGAGCUUCAAAAAAAGGAGAAAAUGAUACAAGAGCAGAAUAACAUCCUUGCAAAGAAGAUCAAGGAGAAAGAGCAGGCAGUAGCACAGCAAGCUGCACAAUGGGAGCAGCCAAACUACAGGGUUGAUACAUCUUUCAUGCCACAGCAGCAACCCCUUCGCACCAGUUUGAACAUAGGCGGCAAUAAUUACAAUCAGGAAGCUGCACCAGAACUAGGAAGGAAUGGUCUUGACCUGACCCUGGAACCACUGUAUUCUUGCCACCUUGGAUGCUUCUGAAAAUUGUUUCCUCGAGGUGGAUAAUAUUAUAUAACUGCUGGCAUAUAUGAACUACGUAGUAUAAGUACUCUGUUUGAAUGUUUUAUAUGUAUUUUGGUCAUUGGCUUUUCCCUACUUUGAAGACAUUAUUUUGAAUUGCUUCUGUUGUAAACAUAUUGAAUUUGAAAUCUAAUUGUGUAUUUAUGAAAUAUGUUAAUUAUACGGUUUUCCUUA